AUGUCCGGAAUGGAAACUCCUUUAUCGCUGGGCCCAGAAGACUGGUCUGGCCUGGACCACAGCCUCAGGUCAUGUGCGAUAGUCAUCCAAUCAAGUGGCAGGACGCACGACCCCGCGGGGAUCACUGCGAGCCCCGGCGGCGUGGAGAACGGAAGAGCGGGGGCCAUCUUAAAAGCGGACAGGGAUCGGUCCAGUUCUUUGAUGUCACGAGCGCUGAGGCUUUGUUCGCCGCCCGGCCGGGCCCCCUUUCUCCCCCUUUCGCAAGACUUCUUUGCGACACCGCAGUUCUCUGACGUUCUGGCCACCAUUAUGCUGCAGUUCUGA